CCACCAACGACUUUUUUGCCCGCCACAUCAGAUUCUUGGCUCGCCUCAACUGCGCAUCGCGACGACGACGAGCCUGCACUGGAAUCCUCUCUCCUUCUGCAUCAGGAGGCCUGUUUAGCACGUUCCUAAGGCGGGCACUUCUCGCCACGAUCUCAACCUCUCGCAGCGCACCGCUCGCCUUGGGCGGAUUACGAGGACAACAUCAGAGCCAUGGACUCGUUCAUGCUGCAAGACGAAGGCGUCCGCGAUCGUAUCCGCCAAGCCGAGGAAUUCCUAGAUCCCAGUGAUCCGCAUGCGCGCAGCUACAGAUCGGACAUCAUUUUGAUGCUCCAGAAGAACCAACGCCGUCUGACGGUCAAUCUCGAUCAUGUCCGCGACCACAGCAGAGAACUCGCUCAGGGCGUCCUGCAGCAGCCCUUCGAUUAUAUCUUGGCCUUCAACCAUGCCCUGAAAGAGAUUGUUCAAGCGAUACCACAAGCCCGGCCCGACCAGACGGCUCGCGACACCAUGUACUACUGCGCUUGGGCGGGCAGCUUUGGACUCAAUUCGUGCAAUCCCCGCACGCUGUCCUCCCAGCAUCUCAACCAGAUGGUGUCCAUUGAGGGCAUCGUUACACGAUGCUCCCUCAUCCGGCCCAAGGUCGUCCGCAGCGUGCACUACAACGAAGCGAAGGACAAGUUCCACUUCCGCGAGUACCAGGACCAGACCAUGACCAACGGGGUAACCACCUCCAGUGUCUAUCCGCGGGAGGAUGACGACGGAAAUCCCCUUGUCACCGAGUACGGGUUCUGCACAUACAGAGACCAUCAGACAGUCUCAAUACAGGAAAUGCCCGAGCGUGCGCCGGCUGGUCAGCUGCCGCGUGGUGUCGAUGUAAUCCUUGACGACGACUUGGUGGAUCUUGUCAAGCCCGGUGACAGAGUCCAGCUGGUGGGCAUCUUCCGUACACUCGGCAACCGCAACACCAACCACAACAGUGCCCUUUUCAAGACCAUGAUUCUUGCAAAUAAUGUUGUUCUCCUGUCCUCGAAGUCCGGCGGUGGUGUUGCGACUGCUGUCAUCACGGACACUGAUAUCAGGAACAUCAACAAGGUGUCCAAACGGAGAAAUCUCCUUGAGCUACUCUCACAAUCCCUGGCGCCUAGCAUAUACGGCCACGAUUACAUCAAGAAGGCCAUACUUCUCAUGCUCCUCGGAGGCAUGGAGAAGAACCUGGAAAACGGCACGCAUCUCAGAGGCGAUAUCAACAUCCUCAUGGUCGGUGAUCCAUCCACGGCCAAGUCACAACUCCUUCGCUUCGUGCUUAAUACCGCCCCGCUUGCCAUCGCCACUACCGGCCGCGGAUCGUCCGGUGUCGGUUUGACAGCUGCUGUGACAUCAGACAAGGAGACAGGGGAAAGGAGGCUCGAGGCCGGUGCCAUGGUGAUGGCUGACCGUGGCGUCGUGUGCAUCGACGAGUUCGACAAGAUGUCGGAUGUGGACAGGGUCGCAAUUCACGAAGUCAUGGAGCAGCAAACCGUCACCAUCGCCAAGGCUGGCAUACACACGUCCCUCAACGCUCGUUGCUCUGUUGUCGCGGCUGCGAACCCUAUCUUCGGCCAGUACGACCCCCACAAGGAUCCUCACAAGAAUAUCGCCCUUCCAGACUCUCUACUGUCCCGAUUCGACCUUCUUUUUGUCCUGACCGACGACAUUGAAGACACAAGGGACCGCCAAGUAUCCGAGCAUGUGCUUCGCAUGCAUCGGUAUCGCCAGACUGGUAGCGAGGAGGGUGCUCCCGUGCGCGAACAAACCGCCCAGUCUCUUGGUGUGUCCGCCGAUAGCCAAGCCGCUUCUCAGGGGCCAACCGAGGUUUACGAGAAAUACGACGCCAUGCUCCACGCUGGUGUUCCACUCACGUCUGGCCGCGGCGUGAACAAGAAGCCGGAGAUAUUAAGCAUACCGUUCAUGAAGAAGUAUAUACAAUAUGCUAAGACGCGUAUCAAGCCAGUCUUGACGCAAGAUGCCUCGGACCGAAUCGCCGAGAUUUAUGUCGGUCUUCGCAACGACGAAAUGGAGGGAAAUCAGAGGCGAACUAGCCCACUCACCGUGCGCACCCUUGAGACCAUUAUUCGACUCGCUACGGCCCACGCCAAAGCCCGUUUGUCGAACCGAGUCGAGGAACGCGACGCUGCAGCCGCCGAGGCCAUCUUGAGGUUUGCUUUAUUCAAAGAGGUGGUUGAGGAUGAAUCACGCAAGAAGCGGAGACGAACACACGCCACUAAUUUCGCCUCUUCGAGCGAGGAAAGCUCCGACAGCGAUGAUGAGAACGACGAGCAUAGAGAGCAAACAGCGGGUACCUACCGUGGCAGUCAAAGGAGGCGGCUUGUGACGCGCUCCCAAACAGGCGCGUCGGCGUCAGCAGACAUUGAGCAGGCCAACGACGCGGACGCGGGCACUUUAGACGUCGCAGGGGUCUCACAAGCUCCCCGUCGGUCAGGCCGCUCCAGGAACGGCACCUCGCAGUCGCAGACAUCCUUUGCCUCGUCCCUACCGGCUUCGCAACUGCCCUUGGAGACGCAGGAUGAGGAUCAGGAUGACGAGGAGAUUGCUAAUGGCGCCGGUGCCCUAAACAUCGAUGACGACCGUGACGAUGACGCUCCUAUCGCCCCCGAAAGGGUUGCCGUUUAUAGGACAGCUCUGGGACAGCUGCUCAGUACUGAACUCUUCGAGGACGACUCUGCGUCGCUGGCUGCAGUUACCGCUGCCGUCAACGCCAAAAUUCACGAUCGUGACGGGGGUGCGUUCAGCAAGGGAGAGGCUGUCAAGGCUCUCAAAGAAUUGGAGAAACUGAACCACAUCAUGUUUGCGGAUGGUGAUUUGGUGUAUAAGAUAUGAAGAACAUGGCGUCACGAUCUUGAUUUUUUGCAGCGGUCGACGAUCGUCGUCCGUAUCUAAGACGAGCCCAGUAGUUCGGCUUCCCCGGGCAGAGGGCAGUUAUCUGCGGCCGGCUGGCACUCGAAAGAGGGAAGGGAAGCUCUUGGCGAUGCUUCCUUGGCAGGGAGUCGUCUCAUGUGAUAGGCCAUCCAGUAAUUUUACGGACCAGGUCUGAGGAAUUGAAUAAAUCAGACAGCUGUGUGAGCAUUGCCUGCUCAGGAGCUGGCCUAUGGGAU